AUGAGUUAUGGAGAGGUUUACCAGUAUCAUCCUGAAAAAAUUCAUACCUCAAUAGGUCAUGAACGUCGUGAUUCAGAAAGUGAUGGAUCUUUCAGGCCAAGCUUUUUUCAAAAGUUUAAUCCACGAUUAGUAAAGCAAAAAAUUCAAAUUAUUCUUAAAGAAAGAUUAGAAAAAGCAAUUUACGAUAAAGAUCAAGCUCCCGGGUGGGCUAAUGAAAUAGCAGAAGCAGUUAAAGCAAAACUAUUAGGUUUAGAUCUUAAUAGAUAUAAAUAUGUUGUCAAUGUUACUAUUCUAGAAAAUAAAGGAGUUGGAGCUAG